CUUCCUGUUUCUAUGGCUGUCUCUUCCUCCUCUCUUUCUCUCCCUCUCUAUAUCAUCUCUCUUUCUCUGUGUCUCUUUGUCCUUUCUCUGUCUCUGUCUGUCUCUCUCUGUCUCUAUCUUCCUGUUUCUAUGGCUGUCUCUCUUUCUCCUCUCUUCCUCUCCCUCUCUAUAUCAUCUCACUUUCUCUGUCUCUUUGUCCUUUCUCUCUCUGUCUCUCUCUGUCUCUAUCUUCCUGUUUCUAUGGCUGUCUCUCUUUCUCCUCUCUUCCUCUCCCUCUCUAUAUCAUCUCACUUUCUCUGUCUCUUUGUCCUUUCUCUCUCUGUCUCUGCCUGUCUGUCUGUCUGUCUCUCUCUGUCUCUGUCUCUCUCUUCCUGUUUCUAUGGCUGUCUCUCUCUUUCUCCUCUCUUCCUCUCCCUUUCUAUAUCAUCUCACUUUCUCUGUCUCUUUGUCCUUUCUCUCCCUGUCUCUUUCUGUCUAUCUCUCUCUCUCUCUCUGUCUCUCUUUCCCUUUCUCCUUCUUUAUAUCAUAUCUCUCUCUUCUCUGUUGUCUCGGUCUGGAUAUCUGUCUGUGUUUGUUUACUGGCCUUUCCUCUCGGUCUCUCUUCUCUCUGUGUCAUUUUGCCUCUGUGUAGCUGUCUGGCUUUUGGCUGUCUCUCUAUGUCUCUCUCUCUUCCUUUUCUCUUCCUCUUUCUGUAUUCUCUCUCAUUAUCUUUCUCUUUCUGUAUCUAUCUCUAUCUGUCUCUGUGUAUCUUUUUCUCUCUCUGUCUCUAGGUUUCUCUCCUCACCUCCUUGUUUACCAGGCUGUUAUUUAUGUGAUAGGAAACUCCAAACAAUGUUGGAAAAGAAAGUGGUUUUUAGACUCUGUGCCUUGGUUUCCUUUUCAGUUCAGUCCGGACCUAUCAUAAAGAUGCAGCCGUUUAUCUAGUGACAACAGGAAUUGGGCCUUUUAUGGCUACACGGUUCUUACUGGAGGGAUGCGUUGGCCAGAAGAGAAAAACAGACUAAGUGAGUGAAGGCCAGGAUUGUGACAGUUGUUUGGUUCAUUCAAGCAACUCUAGGAGUGAGGUGACACAUGCACUACUCUGAUUGUGGAGAAACCGAGGCUGAAGGAGAUCAAGUCCCCUCACUAUAGGAUUUGAAUUCAGACUCAAGGAUCGGAGGCAGCAGAGAUUUGCAGUGGCUGAUGGUUCUGUGCUUCACUUGAGUGAAAGCAUUUGUCAGUCUGAUAAUAACAGGGAGGUCUUUGGCUUUCCUGGAGCACAGUUCAGUGCAAAAGUGAAUCUAGAAACAUUAGUCAUAGGAGACGCAGACUAGUCCCAUUUCUGGUGAUCUACGGGAGCACAAAUGACCUAGGAUAAUUGCCCCCAAACUGCCAAAUCUUCAGGAAGGAGACUGAGUUUUAGGGAGGUACAGGCGGUCUUCCCCCCCAAUGUUGUUCAAUGGCCUUUUUACUCUCCUCUUUGAGGAUACCUAGACCUAACUAAUGAGUCACUAGGGCCAUUGUUGGGGCAUGAGAAAAGAAAGCCUAAACCCUCUCAUCAGAGGACAGGCUCCCCAGGACUUAGUUGCAGGGCAUACCACAAAUGGGUCCCUUAAGGAUAAGGGUGCUUGGUCAAUUGUUUUUCAGUCACGUCCAACUCUUUGUGACUUCCAAUAUUAUUCUGAGAAGGAAACCAUUGUUGUUAUUCAGCUGUGUCCAAUUCUUCACGAUUUCAGUUUGAAGUUAUCUGGGAAAGAUGCUGGAUUUUACAGAUAAGGAAACUGAGGCCAACAGGGUUAAAUGACUUGUCUAGGGUUUAGGGUAACAGCCAGAUUUGAACUUUGGAAGAUGCCUUCCUGAUUCCAGGCCGUGUACUCUUAUUCACUGAGCCCACUAAACAGGGGAAGAGUCAUUAGAGAAAUCAGCCUUCCUCUUUAGCUCAUCACCAAACAGAAGCCAGUAUCUGCCAGUCUUGGGUCUUCAGGCCCUCCCUCCUCAUACCUUGCUCUCUUUCCUUUGGGGAAACUAGUUUACUUAGAUAGCACUGAUCUCUAGCAGUCCUACUCUGGGCUCUUCCACCUUGUGUUCUAGAAGCCUAGCAGUCCGAAAUCUGCUGUGCUGGCCACUGGUGCCUUGCAGCUUCCAUGUCAAUCCCAUAGGGUAACUCUCGGGGGCAGUGAAAAGAAAGAGAGGUAACCAACCCCACCCUCUCCCAUUCUGAGAAGCCAGCCCAUUGGGAGGCCCCUAGGGAAAGAGGAAGGACAGCCAGUAAAUCAAGGGUCCCAGAAUCACCUACCCUGAACCUCCAUCAUGUCGGGUUCAAAGAAAAGUAAAAAAAUGAUAAGAGGGCAACAGGAGGCCUCUCAGCAAACUAUUUUCUUUAGAACCUCACAUGAUGCUAUUCUGUUCUCUUCUGAAAACACCCUUAACUUUACAGUCAAGGGCCAUUCAUUACACAGAGCACCAGACAGGUAGAGUCUCUGUUUUUAUAGAGUGUCUACAGACAAUAUUAGAGUGGGUGAUUAAUUGUCUUUGUUAGAGACUCUGGCAUCAGCAGCUUUUGCCAUUCUGUCUUCACAAUUCAAUUAUCUUGUCCUCUUGAUCAAGCUAUUUUAGCUCUCUGACCUCAGUUUCCCUCUUUGUAAAAAUGAAAGAGGACGGAGUAAAUCAACAAAAAUAUGUAAAACAAUGGUAUUCUCUCUACUUUUGAUUUUGGAAAAUAAUUUCCUAAAAUAGAUAUUCAUGUGAAUUCAUGUGAAUUCAUAGUGAGUUUGCAAUUGUUAUUUUUACUUAUAAAUUAGGAAUGUAUUAUUAUACAUAUGAUAUAUUAUAUAUAAUAUAAAAAAUGAAUAAAAGUAUUUUUAAAAUGGA